AUGGUCUGCUCCAAGUGCCUCAAGCUGUCCAAGGGGACAACCCUUGCCACGCCAGGCGUGAAGAAGAAGAGCGAGAUGUACCACGGAUCCCCGGCCUCUUCAUCAUCAAAGUCAGCCACACUGGGGCAAACAGGCAUCGGAAAGAGCAAGCUUCUUUCCAAGAAUGCAAAGAACCCCUAUGCUCAGUAUGCAAGCUCCUGCACGAAGUGCAAGACCAAGAUAUCGCAAGUGUGCCACAUGUGUGGUAAACCAAACAAGAAGACGUCCUCUAAGGCGCCACAGAUCUCCGGACAGAAGUUCUCCAUGAAAUGA